AUGAACAACAGGCUCCGUUCAGUUGUCCAGAGCGGCGAUGUCGCCGCCUUCGUGGAGUUCGUCAGGGAGGAUAAACAGGGAGACGCAGAGCAGACGAGCACCCUGGCGCUGACCAAAGCUCUUUUCCUUGCGGCCAGGCUUGGUCACGAUGAGCUGGUGUCAGAGAUCGUGAAGAUGGAACCGAAAUUGGUGGCAUCGGAGAAUACCCGGAUGGAGGCGCCGGUUCACGAAGCGUGCCGCGAGGGGAGCGUGGAGGUCGUGGACGUGUUGAUGGCGGCGGAUCCUUGGGUGGGCUACAGGCGUAACGCCGAGGACCGGAGUGCGCUAGCUGUGGCCUGCAUCCACGGGCAUCUAAACGUUGUGAAGAGGCUUCUUGAUUGGCCGUGGCAGAUGGCGUCCGAGGAAGACGGCACUUCCACGUGUCUCCAUGCUGCGGCCUGCGGAGGAAGCACAGGUGAGCUGACUUAGAGAACUUCAGAGGCCGUCUUAGUUCCACGGUGGCUGCAAGAAAUGAAUAAAAUUGUUUAGUAUGGUGGUUUAUGCAGUAUUAAUAUCCCAUCUACUUCAACAACAAUCACUAUUUUAGUUUUCGGCUUUAAUUUAGCAUGAACAUGAUGAGAAGUGAAUGAUUGACGAUGGGCAUCACAACGUCUUCAUGAUGGACCAGAAAUCGUUCGCACAUUAUUGGGAGCUCGCCCGGAUUUUGUGUGGAGGAAGGACGCCCAAGGUCAUACUCCCCUCCAUCUAGCCGCCAGUAAAGGGUUCCUGGAGAUAACCAGGGAACUACUCCGAAACGACUCUGAUCUUUGCUUGGCAAAAGACGAAGACGGAAGGACUCCCCUCCAUUCGGCCGUCGUCAGAGGGCGAGUCAACGUCAUCGAUGAGAUCAUUUCCUCGAGCCGCGACUCCCUGCAGGAAUUGACUAAGCAAGGGGAGAGCGUCCUCCAUCUCGGUGUCAAGUACAACCAGUACGAGGCCGUCAAGUAUCUGGUCGAAAGGCUGGACGUCUCGGAUAUCAUCGAUCUCCCCGAUCAGAAUGGGAACACUGUUCUACAUCUUGCAACAGCAGCGAAGCUGUCCAAUGUAAGAACGUAGCCGACGCUAGUGAGUUCACAAGAUUACUUAAUCUUUGAUUCAAUAUUGUAUUCUUUUAUUCUCUGUUAUGCCCCACCUCCUAUUCCUUUUCAGUAACUCUUACGGGUUUGUUCUUCUCGGUGAGAAUAGAUGGUUAGGUACCUGGUCAACAAAAGCGGUGUUGAAGUAAAUGCAGUCAACCACAGGGGAUUCACAGCUCUUGACGUCGUGCCAAGCGAAACAAACAGUUCUGGAGUGCUGCAACUCGCAGCCACAUUACUGGACGCCGGCGGCAAACGCAGCGACGACUUGCCCGGCUCGUCGUCGAAGAUAGGAAUAAUCAUUGAACAGCCGAUCAAGGGACCGUUUCCGGCGGAUGUCCCCCGGAUUUCUUCUUCAAAAAGGAAAUCCACGAACUCGAACCACGCCAGGCGCCACCACGGCCAAAGCAGACGGGGGGAGAAGCAGAAGGAACUCCAAAUCGAGGGCCUCCGGAAUGCCCGCAACACGAUAACCUUGGUGGCUGUGCUGAUCGCCACGGUCACCUUCUCCGCCGGCCUCAAUCCCCCGGGAGGGGUCCAUCAGGAUGGAGUAAUGAUCGGGAAGUCAAUCAUGGGAAGAUUGACGACUUUCAAGGUUUUCACUGUCGGCAACAACGUCGCCUUCUUCACCGCAAUAGCCAUCGUCAUCGUUCUCGUCAGCAUCAUCCCCUUCCGACGGAAGUCGUUGAUGCGUCUCCUGCGGGUGACGCAUAGGAUCAUGUGGGUCUCGAUAACCUUCAUGGUGGCGGCCUUCAUCGCGGGAACAUGGGUGAUACUGCCGCCCGCCAGGGGGACAAGGUGGAUGCUCGUGGCCAUGCUGACCAUUGGGGUCGGCUCCAUCGUCUCGGUUUUCGUGGGUCUCGGAGUGAUGCUGGUCGGGCAACUCGUCAGGAAGUGGGAGUGGCGGAGGAACAGAGGCGGGAAGAAGGAGACCCCGACCAGUAGCAUCAGCCGAGUAGAAGAGGAGUUGCGCGCUAGGCGCAGGUCAAGCUCGACGUCCAGUAACUCCGACAUUUGGAGCUCAGAGAAGUCAGGAUACCAUACAUACUGA